UCUACAAAGAGAACCAACGAAACCAAAACACUCACUGAGUCGAAACAAUGGACAGAGAAUGGGGUUCAAAACCAGGAAGCGGCGGAGCAGCGACGGCGCAAAACGAAGCAAUAGACCGCCGUGAAAGACUCCGACGAUUAGCAUUAGAAACAAUAGAUCUAGCAAAAGAUCCAUAUUUCAUGCGAAAUCAUCUCGGUAGUUAUGAAUGCAAACUCUGUUUAACUCUUCAUAACAACGAAGGUAAUUACCUUGCUCAUACACAAGGUAAACGUCAUCAAACCAAUCUCGCUAAACGUGCUGCUCGUGAAGCUAAAGAUGCUCCUGCUCAACCUCAACCUCAUAAGCGGAAACUUAAUCUAAAGAAAACUGUUAAGAUUGGGAGACCUGGGUAUCGUGUGACUAAGCAAUUUGAUCCUGAUACUAAACAAAGAUCUCUUCUUUUUCAGAUCGAAUAUCCUGAGAUUGAAGACCUCGCAAAGCCCAGACAUCGAUUUAUGUCCUCCUAUGAGCAGAGGGUGCAGCCAUUUGAUAAAAGAUACCAGUAUCUCUUGUUUGCAGCUGAACCUUAUGAAACAAUUUCUUUCAAGGUACCAAGCACUGAGAUUGAUAAGUCUACUCCAAAGUUUUUCUCACAUUGGGACCCAGAUUCAAAGAUGUUCACACUGCAGUUGUAUUUUAAAACCAAACCACCAGAGGCAACCAAACCGCAGCCGCCUACCUCUGCACCCAAUGGCACCACCACAGCUCCUGGUGUUCCACCAAGACCUAUGCCCCCACCACCACAAGCUCCAUUACCACCACCACCUCCUCCUCCACAAGGGCUACCUCCCGGCGCACCGAUGGGAAAUCCUCCUCGAGCACCUCCACCUCCAAUGUCAGGAUCAAUGCCACCACCACCUCCUAUGGCUGCAAAUGGUCCUAGACCUAUACCUUCUGGUUCAAUGCCACCUCUCCCACCCCCAGCACCCCUUGGUGCUAGACCUCCAUCAAUGCCACCUCCUCCACAAGGUUUUCCAGGCCAACAAAUGCAGAGCUAGGUUGCGCAUAACCUACUCUGGCUUUACGGAAAUAUGCUGAUGAGUAUUAUGUGUUUGAAAGUUGUGGUUGGAUGCAUCUUAUCCUUUAAGGCUCAGUAUAUUUGUUAUGUCAGAUGCUACUUUUCACAAACUAUAUCCGAAAUUGCCAAAAUACAUUGUUCAUUGCAUCUCAUUUUUCUAAUUUACAAAUUUAUACAUUGCUGUAUCAUGUUGUCUGAUAUUUAUUAAUGCUGACAAUGUUCCAUACAUUGUGGUUCUCUAAACCCGUGGUAUAGAUAGGAAAUUUUUGGUUUGA